AAAUUAAAAAAAAGGAAAACCUAACUGCUCCACGCCACUCCUUCUUCUUCAUGCCGUCUCCUCCUCCGUUUCAGCACUUAGCGUCGACGCCGCCUCUUUCUUGUUCUCUGCUGCCGCCUCCAUUGUCUUUCUUCCGUUCGUGCUCCCGCUGCCUCCUCCCUCCUAGGGAUACUGCUUACAGUUGCUAGAGAUUCAGGGAGACUCAAUAAAACCCCAUUCAUGUCUUCUCUUUUAGAACUUGAAAACUCUCCCAAUAUUUUCAUACCUGAAGAAUGGUCCGAGGCUGCAGAGUCCAUAGUUUUUGAUUCUCCAACCUCGCCGCCUCCUGUUCUUCUUAUCUGCGGUGCCAAAAACUGUGGCAAAAGUACUUUCUCACGCCACCUUCUCAAUGUUUUCCUUCAAAGGUAUAAAAAAGUGGUUUAUCUGGAUUCAGAUGUUGGACAGCCUGAGUUUACUCCACCGGGUUUUCUGUCCCUCACCGUGGUCGACAAACUAACGCCAGAUCUGUCGACUCCAUGCCUAAAGACGCCAGAGAGAUGUUUUUUCUUUGGUGAUGUAUCCUCAAAAAGAGAUCCAACAGCUUAUUUAAGUUAUGCAAGUCGCUUGUAUGAUUAUUACUGCAAAGAGUACCAUUCGAUUAACAAGAAUCAAGAACUUGCAAAGAUUGAAUUGCCUCUUAUUGUUAAUACUCCUGGUUGGGUGAAAGGUGUCGGUUACGAGAUAUUGGUAGAUAUGUUAAAAUACAUUGCUCCAUCAUAUGUAGUCAAAAUAAAUAUAUCUGCUGUGAGUAAGAACCUUCCGGCCGGGGAGUUUUGGUUAGAAGAGGAGGAAGAUUUUGGGUCAACCAAUCUAAUAGAAAUACGUUCUGCUCGGCAAGAUGCGUUUAAUAGAUCGAUACUAGUACAAAAGGAUGCAAGUCUCAUGCGAGAUUUGCGUAUAAUGGCGUAUUUUAGACAGUGUUUUCCUAAAGAUCGCAGUAUUACCACAAUUAAAGAGCUUGCACAUGCACUGGCAUCUCACCCUCCUUAUCAAGUUCCAAUAUCAAGCAUUAAGAUUAGACACCUACACUGUCAGGUCCCAAGCGAUCAGAUCUUCUAUAGUCUGAAUGCGACAAUCGUCGGCUUAGCGGAAUCCUCCAAAAAUUCUGAAAAUCUGUCAUGGUGUGUUGGACUCGGAAUCGUUAGGGGCAUUGAUACAUCUAAAAGUCUGCUAUAUGUUAUCACACCCGUCCCCCAUGGCACAUUGGAAAAGGUUGACCUUCUUUUACAGGGUUUUAUCCAAAUCCCCUCUUGUUUGUUGCAGGUUAAGGGAUGCAUAUCUCCUUACAUGUCUGCAAACAUUCUGCCCACGAGAUAGUGCAUUUACAGAGCUUCAAUGCAUUAGUUUUCUUGUUCUUUGAUAGAUAGUUCAUUCUCUGUAAAUAUAUUUGUCAAGAACUGUAUGACAGUAGUCUACCAUUUUUGUUUAUUUAGACACAUCAAAUUUGUUUUCUCAAGGAGGAAAAAACUGGUUGUUGAGUGGAAAUUGUUAUAUGAGAGAUCUCAAAAAAGAAAAUUUAUUUGUUUA